AUGGCUUCUCUCCUCCAACUCCUCGGCGACUUCCCUCGUCGCCUAGCAGUCUUUCUUGACCGCCCAGGAUUCCCAUGGAAGAAACUGAUUCUUGGGUUCUCCCUGGGUCAAUAUGUGCUUGAAGGUCUUCUCUCGUUAAGGCAGUAUAAGGUGCUGCAAAAGACGAAGCCCCCGAAGACGCUCGAAGACGAAAUCUCUCAGGAUGUCUUCGAUCAGAGUCAGGCAUAUGGUCGUGCAAAGGCGAAAUUUGGCUUCAUCUCCGGCCUCUACUCCCAGAUCCAAAACGUCCUCUUCAUUCAAUACGAUAUCUUGCCGAAGCUCUGGUCAUUGACCGGUCUCUUGCUUGCCCGCUAUUUUCCCAGUCGUUUCUCCGGCGAGAUUUCCCACUCGGUACUCUUCUUCUUGACCUUCAAUGUCAUCUCACAGAUCUUGUCGCUUCCACCUUCAUACUAUAGCACAUUUGUUUUAGAAGAGAAGUUCGGCUUCAACAAACAAACUAUCAAGUUAUGGAUCACGGAUAUGCUCAAAGGCCAGGCAUUGAUGGUUGCACUGGGGACGCCGUUACUCAGUGCUUUUCUCAAGAUCAUCCAGGUGACGGGCACAAGAUUCUUCUACUAUCUCUGGCUCUUCGGGAUCGUCGUACAGCUCUUCGCCAUCACCAUCUAUCCGAUCUUCAUCCUCCCGCUGUUCAACAAACUAUCACCUCUCGAACCUGGAGAACUCAAGUCUGGAGUGGAAGCAUUGGCGCAACGGCUCAAGUUCCCCCUGAAGUCUCUGUACGUCAUCGAUGGAAGCAAACGGAGUGCGCAUAGCAAUGCCUACUUCUUUGGGCUUCCGUGGAAGAAACACAUUGUCAUUUACGAUACCUUGAUCGAAAAGAGCGAACCGCAAGAAGUAGUGGCAGUACUAGGUCACGAGCUAGGACAUUGGAGUUUGUCACACACUACGAAACUGUUCGCCAUCGCACAGUUCCAUAUGUUCUAUAUCUUUGCGCUUUUCAGUGUCUUCAUCGACAACAACUCGCUUUACUCCUCUUUUGGUUUCCACGACUCACACCCCAUCAUCAUCGGUUUCAUCUUGUUCUCCGACGCCCUUGCUCCAAUGGACGCCGUGGUGAAGCUUUUGAUGAACGUGCUCUCUCGAAAAUUCGAAUUCGAAGCCGACGCAUUUGCUACUAAACUGGGAUAUGAGAAGGAGUUGGCAAGGAGUCUGAUCAAGUUGCAAGUGCAGAAUCUGAGUACUAUGGAUGCUGACUGGAUGUAUGCGAGCUAUCAUUACAGUCAUCCCAUUCUGGCGGAGAGACUGGCUGCACUGGGUUGGAAGAGUUCGAAGUCGUCGGCAGCGAAUGGCAAGGUUGUUGAGUUGGAUGAAAAAGUUGCCGAUGCGGGCGUGGUCAAGGCGAGCCAGAGAGAGCUGUGA